CUGUUCUCUAGCGUCAUCCGGGUGACAUCGACCAUGAAGACCCUGCCGAGCUUGAUAUUGGUCAUCUUCAUCUCUGUUACCACAGAGGCACUGAUCUGCCAUUUCUGUGAGGAUCUCUCAGGACCCAACUGCAAAGCCACAAAAAGUGAGACCUGCCCCAAGGAUGUCAAAAAAUGCUACACCAAUCUCAUGAUGGAGAAAUUUGGACCUCUUACCGUUUACCAGAGUACAAGAGGAUGUCAAAAGGGAAAAGAUUUGUGCGCCGGUACCUUCAGCAUGAGCUCAGGGAAAACGGAGGUACAUAGCAUUACUAAGUGCUGCGAGGGAGACCACUGCAAUACUGACCAGCUGGAAAUUGUGACCCCAAAAGACCUAAAGGAAAAUGGGGUAGAGUGUCCGGCGUGUAAUGAGAAGGAAAAGCAAUGCAAAUCAGAGAUCUACAAAUGCACAGGAACUCAGGAUCGAUGCUUUGAGUUCUAUGGUGGACUCUAUAAUGGAGAGGGAUAUGAUGAUUGGACAUUCAAGGGAUGUACCACCAAACAAGUCUGCGAUUAUCUUGAGAGCCAUGAUGGAUAUGAAGUACAUUACACGAGAAAAGACUCCAAGAUAAAAUGUACUAAAAAAUAGGCACUAUACAGGAGUGCUAAAAUGACGCUAUUAAAGAAGAAUUCAGAUUAGGGAAAAACUGCCUUACCGCUACUUGUCUCUUAUGCAGCAUUGUUGUAAGAGUGGCAUACUCUUCAAUCCCAUUGAAUACCUAUGUUUGCCAAAUAAAAUCUCAAUGCAAGAUAUCA